UAUGCGCGAAGUGGGUUGGUGACGCUCAUCACGUGACUUGACUAUCUCGAACUUGGCAUAAACAAACCGGCUGUACUGUCCGGAGGUUUCGGCCAGGUCCAAGGAGUGGUGGUUGAGUCUACCAUCUCCAAAUCGUUUUGCCCAGCGGACGAGACGGUUGUCUUCAUCCUCAUCUCUCAACAGCAUCAAUCCGACGGUCUCUAGAAUAUUGCGCCGCCUGGCGUUCGUCCACAAGGAGUGUUCCGACUUCGAUCGCGUACCGAGCUAUCCCGAAUUGGAACGGAGCAAAGAGCAAGCCAUCUUUGAGAUUUAUCUGCUGAACAGCAGCAACACUUCGCAUCAGCAUCCCGCGGAUCACCUAUCAACAUGGCUGCUCUCGGCGAAGACCUGCUCGGCGUUGUCAACAAGCUACAGGACCUUGUCUUCAACACAAUCGGCAACGACUCCCUAGACCUGCCGCAAAUUGUCGUUGUAGGCUCGCAAUCUUCAGGCAAAUCUUCCGUGCUCGAGAACAUCGUUGGACGAGACUUCCUUCCGCGCGGCAGUGGCAUCGUCACUCGAAGACCUCUCAUCCUACAAUUGAUCAACAUCCCUUCUGAGCAACCCGAAAAUCCGAGACAUGAGAUCCAAAUACCGCAAACGUCUGCAUUGAUUGCCGGACAGGAUGAAUGGGGGGAAUUCAAUCACAUGCAAGGGCGCAAAUUCUACGAUUUCACCGAAGUCAAGAGGGAGAUUGAGAACGAGACGGCACGCAUCGCUGGCAGCAACAAGGGAAUCAAUCGAUCACCGAUAAACUUGAAGAUUUACUCUCCCCAUGUCCUCAGUCUCACACUUGUCGACCUACCAGGUCUGACCAAGGUUCCGAUUGGCGAUCAACCGACCGACAUCGAGAAACAGACCCGCAACCUCAUCUCAGAGUACAUCGCCAAACCGAACAGCAUAGUUCUAGCAGUCUCGCCCGCAAACGUAGAUCUCGUCAACUCAGAGGCUCUCAAACUUGCUCGUCAAGUUGACCCGACUGGAAAGAGAACGAUCGGAGUCCUCACGAAAAUUGAUCUCAUGGAUCAUGGCACCAACGCACUCGACAUCCUUUCUGGUCGUGUCUAUCCGCUCAAGCUGGGUUUCAUCGGUGUCGUCAACAGGUCGCAGCAGGACAUUCAGGGCAAUAAAUCGAUGAGUGACGCUCUGGCUUCUGAACGCGAAUUUUUCAGAAUGCACCCGGCAUACCGAAAUAUCGCCUCUCGCUGCGGCACGCAUUUUCUCGCGAAGACUCUCAAUCAAACCUUGAUGACACACAUCCGUGAGCGGCUACCUGAUAUCAAGGCUCGCUUAAACACACUUAUGGGUCAAACACAACAAGAACUUGCCUCGUACGGAACGGAUGCUUUCACUGGAAAGGAGCACCGGGGGUCGCUUGUACUGCAACUCAUGACUCGUUUUGCAACAUCAUUUAUCUCAUCCAUAGAUGGUACAUCAUCAGAGAUCAGCACAAAGGAACUAUGUGGUGGUGCGCGCAUCUACUAUAUCUUCAAUUCUGUGUUUGGCAACAGUUUGGAGUCCAUAAACCCGACGCAUAACUUAUCGGUUCUCGACAUUCGUACAGCUAUUCGCAAUUCCACCGGACCCCGACCUUCUCUCUUCGUCCCGGAGCUCGCCUUUGAUCUGCUUGUCAAACCACAGAUCAAGCUCCUCGAAAUUCCGAGUCAAAGAUGUGUUGAGCUGGUCUACGAAGAACUUAUCAAAAUCUGCCACACUUGCGGAUCCAACGAGCUAUCGCGGUACCCACGUCUCCAAGGAAAGUUGAUCGAAGUGGUUUCGGAGCUUCUUCGCGAACGCCUAGGCCCUGCUUCAUCCUAUGUGGAAAGUCUGAUCUCAAUUCAACGCGCAUACAUCAACACCAACCAUCCCAACUUUCUCGGGGCUGCUGGCGCGAUGAGCAGUGUGAUGCAGGACAAGCACGAUCGGGAGAGAAAGGCGGCUUUGGACGACGAGAAGAGAAAGCGCGAUGCGAGAAGAAAGAAAGAGCUGAAUGGUGCAAACGGCGAGAUAGAAGAGGAGGAAGAGAGCAAUACCGCCCCGUUACGUGCUCAUGCGAAAUCGAAGGACAGCCGGAGUAUGAGCCCAGCGAUCGGGCGUGACGGCACGCGGUUGUCCCAUAGCAGCAGUGCGCCGCAGGGAUCGGUGCCAGGCGGAGGCCGGGAUUCGUUCCUGAACUACUUCUUUGGAAAAGAGAACGAAAUGCGCAAUGGGAGCUUACCCGGCCAGUCGGCAGCUGGUCCACUGAUGUCUGGUUCAGGAGGAAGACACGUCAGCCAAAACAAUGAGCCCAGCAUCAGUGGCAGCUUCAGGAGAGGCGACACACGGCCCGUGAGCCAGCCCGAGCCCUUCCAAUCCGAGGAGGGCGAUCGCGACGAAGGCGCUGCUGUAUUGGAUGACCCAGCAGGACCUGCUUUCACUGAGCGUGAAAACCUCGAAACCGAGUUGAUCCGACGUUUGAUCAGCUCAUACUUCGCCAUCGUCCGAGAAAGCAUCGCGGAUCAAGUUCCCAAGGCCGUGAUGCAUCUGCUCGUCAACCACUCCAAGGACGUAGUCCAGAACCGCCUCGUCUCAAGUCUGUACAAGGAGCAUCUUUUUGAAGAGCUACUCUACGAGGACGAUGGAGUCCGAGAAGAACGUGAGAAGUGCGAGAAGCUUCUGGCUACGUACAAGGAAGCCAGCCAGAUCAUUGGCGAGGUUCUAUGAGGUGUCAAUCCGAUCUCUUUUGCCGACCGCCCGCAUCGGCGUGUUGUAAAGAAUGUACAAUGAAUGCUGCUUGUCGACGAUGCUUCUGUGGUAAUGAAGCCACGCUCGCCCCUCCAUCAAUCCUCCGCAAAACACCAUGUUUGAGAGAAUAUGCAACGUGGAACAUGUAUUUCGGAGGUCAAUUUUUGUAUAUUAGCCACGACAUUAAAGCACGUCUCGCGCCGCCACGGUUAUCUGCACCAUUUGUGAAACCAAUGGAUACUAGAGGACGUUGGUGUUCGUGUGAUUAUGAACCUCAGCAACCUGGCAAUAUAUGAAAGGACUUGAUAAUGAGGGAAAAUUAGGCUUUUCAUUUGUCUUGUCGUCGUACACAGUCGAGUUAUGCUCAACAAUGUACAUGCAGA